AUGUUCCUCACGGCCCAAGUUCCUCACGUCAAAGUUACGAUGUACCACGAGGUUGAGGCCGAUCCGGAUCUGCUAUUACGCGGCGAGUUGCUGGUCGUCGCGUCAACCAUGCAUUCCUUGCUGUGCGAUGAUCGCUUCUUCGACCACGUCACAAUCCCGGUGAUGUUGUUCUCCGUGGUGCCCCCCUCCCACCUCCGGAUUCUCAUCGCCAUCCUCGACGGGUCCCCAGCUUAUCAUUUCCAGAUCGAGUCUUUUCUCAUGCUCGCAAGACACACAAGAGACGUGGGAUCUGAUGAUGCGGUACAUGGCCUGCGGUAUUAA